AGGUGAGGCACAGAGUGGUGGCGGUUCUCCGGUGGGAGAAACGGUGGACCCGGGCAGUGCAAGCCGGGCUGCCUGCCCGACGAUACGGUCGCUCUGUUGGGGGUGUCGCGGUAAUUUGUCUCUUUUUUUUUCUCUCUGCACGCGCAGGCUGAGCUUGGUAUCCCGCUCGUACGAGAUACGUCGGUUUUCCCUCUCUCUUUCUCUCUCUUCUCUUCUCUCUUUCGGGCGCUUCCGGCGUGCAUCAGUCGGGCCGUGUCUUAUCGGGAGGGGAAAAGUGGGCGCCGCUACCUGUGUCAAGACAAUACCGGAGAGCACGUGCAUCCGUGCGAAAGGGAGCCGAAGAGCGUGCUCGAGGGAUCGUACACGCAUCCCCUCUUGGAAGCUCGUGCCGCUGGACAAGUAACAGAGUCGCGUGACAACACACCGGAGCCACUUCGUGUCUCUUUGAAGGCGAGUGAUAAUGAUCGCAGAAGAUGCUUUCACGGCAGAAGGGCGAGCCGCACGGCUCCAUCAUACGCUAAUUAAGAUUCUGCAAAUCUAAAGACAUCACACGGAACUGUGAGCCAAGGUCGGCGAUCGCGAAUCAGCAGCAAUCACGGGCCUUUAUGCCGGUACUCAGCAUCAGGAAGUGACAAGAGGCGCAACUGGGAUUUAGGAAUCCUCUGUUUCCUCCAUUGAGAAUAGGCGAGAUUGAAACAGCCGUCAAGAUGGAUUUCAUGUCCUUAAUGAAGAAGAUGGGAAUUUCGGAUGGGAAGCAACAGGAAGUAAAGACAGAAGAAAGUGGAACCUUAAGUAAAUUUCUAACCUGGAACAUGACGGGAAAAGCGACGAAGUCGGCCAAGGUCACCCCGGUGGAGGACACUCAACCCAAAGAGGAUUCCACCACCAUUGAAUUUUUAAAACCAAAGUCAGAAACGGUCAAGACAAGCAGCGGGGACGACUGCAGGGUAUGCCGGAAGUCGUUCGGCCCCGAGGAAGUCUCGCGAACUUGUUGCGAGUGUCAACAUAAGGUCUGCGAGGACUGCGCCUCGUAUUCGACGACAACGAAUUCCGACGAUCCGUCUUCCUGGCGAUGUAGCGUUUGCCGUCGAAAGAUCGCCUCGAGGGACCAGCCGAUAGUGACACAGGAAUCCACAGAUUCGAUGCUAGACGUGCCGUGCUUGGAGACACUUCACAGGAGGCACAGUGACGCCCGACUAGGUCCUACCGGUAGUCAGAUAGGCACGCUUGGAAGUGGAUUGGCUCCGCCACGAACUCCGGAAAUCCGAAGACAUUCCGACGUUUCGCCAGCUAGUCUCAAGGAAUUGGAGAAGUUUCGAAAGGUUGCAGGGGAACGCCAGAGAGAGGAUCUCAGAUGGGAGCGCGACCUGGACCGGAAGAGCAAGUCGAGGGGCGGCUCGCCUGAUCGCCAUCAAGCCUCCGACAGAGGAAGAGCGACCAGCCCUCAGAGAGUCGUCAUGCCGGCCCAGACUGGCGUCGAGCAGGAAAGCGGAGAUCUGGACGACGAGGAGGAACGUCGACGUCGCGCUCGUCGCGGAGGCGGUACGGUCCGCCGUAAAUCUCGUGUGACCAGGCAGAGGUCUUAUGACGACGAGAUCAAAACGGCGGCCGCGAUGGCUGCCGGUGGGACGCAGCCCACGCAUCCUGAUACCGGCCUAGGACUUCCGGCUCAAUUACCAAGACGAGCGUCCGCCUACGACGUUUACGCCGUGCCCGGAAGUAGCGGCCUUAAUGCAAUGACCAUCGCCACCGCCCAACAAAGAGCCUCCAUUUCGGCGCAAGGCACCCGAGAACCUGAAGAACGGCCUGUAACUCGCAGGUCCUCCUUCCGCGCCGUGAAACCAGUGAUGCCAUACGACGUCGCGGCCGACGAUGAGAAGAUGAUUAAGCUAGACUCGUCAUCUGCACCUGCAGUGGCACCGCCUGUGUCUCAACCUGCUCUUAUACCCGAUGAAGAAAGACGCAAUCGACGAAGAGGCUCCCAAUUACCCGACAUAAACGCGAUAAGAGCGUUAACUUCGGCUCAACCAGGAGCGAAAGGUGCCCCUGCGGUAGCUGUUAGCAGGGUUGCAGCUGAAGAACGUGAAUUGCCUAGGCAGGGAAGUCUGGUCGACGGGGAAGGCAUCAAAAUCGUUAUUCAUGAUGUCGACAGUGAUCUUGCUCCACGGAUGAAUCCGAAGAGGAGGGUAAAGCUGAGGAGAGAUCCGGUUAUGGACAAAGGACACAGAACGCGUGGAUUUGGCAUGAGGGUGGUAGGCGGCAAGACGGGGUCGGACGGGCGCACCUUCGCGUGUAUCGUGUGGACCGUGCCGGGUGGCCCCGCCGAGAAAGCUGGAUUGCAACAAGGCGACAAGGUGCUAGAAUGGUCCGGCAUGUCUCUGAUCGAUCGGAGUUUCGAGGAGGUGCAGCAGAUAAUCGAACGGACCGACGACAUGGCGGAAUUGGUGGUGGAGCAUACGACCGAUAUCACUGGAGAGAUGCUUGACGAUCCGCAAUCCGGAAAAACACCUACAAAUUUGGGCCUGCUGAUGGAAACCGAAACGGAGAAAGCGCCAACGUCGCCGACGCGCAGGAAACUGCCAAAGACGCCGGAACAAAUAGCGAAGGAGAGGCAGGUGACCGGCCGCAUACAGAUCCAGGUUUCGUACGAGACGGAACGCAAAGAAUUGGUCGUUUCGGUUUUCAUGGCCGACGACUUAUGUGCGCGAGAAGACACCGGAUUCGGUACCUUGCCGGAGGCUUUCGCAAAGCUUAUCCUUGCUCCACCAUCCGGCAAUGCAACUCCGCUGAAAACUAUCGUAGCUGAGCCGACCCAGAAACCUAUCUGGAACGCUACAUUGUUCUUUACUGGAGUUGAUGGCGAGAGCCUGAUGGAACGUGCGAUCGAGGUGACUCUCUGGGAUUACUGUCCCGAUGGCGAUAAUGUGUUCCUUGGUGAAUGCACUGUCGAUGUUCAGCGAGCGCUUGAAAAUGAUAGAGCAGUUUGGUAUCGGCUGGAGGAUCCACGCGGGCUUCGAACAGGCAAGUCGCCGUAUUGCUCGCCGCGCGGUUCGCUAUCGAUGGAGGUCGCCCAGAGAUUAUUUAGGAAGGAGCUGCGGGAUCGUAGCUACAGCGACGAUACGCAGAGCGACAGCGGUAGCCCGGAGUUCUGCUUCCUGCAUCCGGACCAUGCCUGGCACGCCAAUUCCAGACGCGGUUCCAGCCAAUCCGAGCAACUCGAGGUCGAGCCUUAUGAGCUCAACCGGGAUUACAGCAGAUCUCUGCCGGGUAGCCGCAGAAGCAGCUUCCAGAGUCAAGGCGGCACCGACAGCAAACGUGGAAGCAUGGGCGAGGCUGACAUGCCGGCUAUAGUGCAUUACAAUCGCGAUCGGCGGCGAAGCUCAUUCACCAGACCGAUGAGGGAUCCCGAGGAGAUCCUGGAGGGUCUGCGAGCGUUGAAGGCGACCAAAGGCGAACUCAGCAGGACCAUGAGUCUCUCCGGCGACAAGAAACGCGGCAGCCGGCGGGGUGAGCGCAAAGACAGCGUCAAGGAGAUUCCUGAGAGAUUUUACGAUCGAAAUAGCGAAUCCGACGAAGACGAGAAAUGGAGUCAGUCAGCGAGAAAUGAAAAUGGCGUCAAUCUGAAACUGGGUCGCGGACAGUUGCUGCCAAAAGGAUACAAAAUAAUCAGUGGAGCACAGAACGGCGAAGUACAGCUGGGCUUCUACAUGUGCAAGGGAACUCUCGAGGUCGAAGUUAUCUGCGCGAGGGAUAUUUGUCCCGACGAGAAGGAGGAGCCAGAUACUUACGUGAAGACGUACUUGCGCGAGCGAGACGGCGACAAGUGGUUGCAGAAGCGCAAGACUCGCGUGGUGCGACAUUCGAAGACUCCGCAGUAUCGGCAGACGCUGAAAUACGGACGCUCCGACACCAUUCAGAGCAGGCACUUGCUGGUGAUGCUGUGGGAGAAGAAGCAGGGCUUCGAGAGCAACCAGGGCCUGGGCGGCGCCGAAGUGGAUCUCGAUCUGCUGCCGCCCAAGGAAUUUAUCUUCGACUGGUAUCCGCUCUUCCCGAUCCACACCCUCGGCCAUCACAACGCGGACUCGCCAUGAUGGUUAAGGGAAAAGUGGGCCCUCGAGGCCGGCGAGCUCGACCUCAGAUUGAGCCUUUUGCUCAAGGACGAGGGCGAGUCCGUCGUCAAGAUCAUCUCUUGAUGGAAAUCGUGGCUGAUCACGUGGCAAUGUCGGCUAGUUCGAAUACAACGCGAUCUCGAUCUUCGCGAGACAACGGCACUCUUUAUUAUUACAAGUCCUUGAGUGCAGCGACGAGGCUUACGUUUUGUCCCAAAAGGCAAAUGAAGUUCGCAUCGACGAAGUUUCAGUUUUUCUAUGUUGCCGCAACACUUUUCAAUUAUAAUUAAUCACAAUAACAUGCGGAUACAGGUAGAAAAACACUUUUAUUAAUUAAUCGACACUCAUAAUUUGCUGGUAUUAAGUCGAUUAAUGUAUUUUAAUUUAAUAAUUGUUAUUUAAUUAAAAAUGCAAACAAACAAGUAAUGAACAAAUCUUUCAGUUAAAUAUUUGAUUAUUUAUUGGCAUUUACAUAUGAUAGAAGAAAUAUGUGUUUCUAGAAAAAAAUUGGAUAUUAUUAAAAUAUUAUAGCAAAAGUUUUUAUCUUUUUUUUCUAACAUAAAUCUAAAGUUAAAACAAAUGUCGCAUAAGAACUUCAGAUUGCUCAUCGCAAUGUAAAAAAAGCGAUUUUCAAAAAUAAUAAGAUCAAUCUGUAACAUGGAUCGAUCAUACGUGUUGUAUGACAAACGACUUAAUUAAUUGAAAAAAAUCGGUAAUCAUGCAUAGCAUAAAAACCGGAAGACAAUCAACUUCAGAUGGUUUAUACAAUUGUUCGAGAAGACAAUCAACUUAAAAAAUUGUAAAGACAUAAUAAUGCUUCCAUUGAACUUACGCUUGUCGGGCGAUGUCAGCGUCAGCGUCGUCGCAUUUUAAACUUUGCGAAGAGGUAAAUAGAUUCAAGAGAACCGAGUUCCUUCGAUUAACGCCUUUCGAUAUCUGUGAGUGUUUUGUCGGUACUCGCAGUGAUUUUAGCAAUAAAGGUGUACCUGUGCAAGUCUUGUUCGCACGAAGCAACAGGGACAAAGGAAGAAAAGGUACGAAAAGUUUAUUUUUCGACGAGUAACUACAGAGGCGAGCGGAAGGCAGCCAUGUAUCCUGAUGAAAUGAUAAGGGUCCAUUUUUCCCAAAACAAAUAUAAUAUCGAAUGUGCGAAGCGAAACUCGAUCGACAUCUGCCGCCGACGGCGGUCUCAUCUGGUUGAUCCAGUCAGUGAUUCGAUCGAAUUUCGCACGUACUAAUUCAAAUAUCGAUACUUAAAGGUCAACGGGGAUAUAGAGCCUGUUUGAUCUUCCUACGUCGACGAGGCGUUUUCAGGAUUCGCGUUUCUCUCUAACGUAGAUAUUCGAUUUGGAAUGCAAAACAGAAGUUUGCAACAAUAUAGUAAACGAUUACAAUCUCUUCAUUCUGCUUUAAUGAUCGACAUGUAGUUAUGAAUUGUGUUGUCUUCUGUUGUUCUCUUACAUUAGACAUAUAUAAAUGUUAAUUUUCACAAAUAUUAUAUCGACAUAAACUGUUACGAAAUAAAAAGUCGACAUAAACUAUUACGAAAUAAUCUCAAAUUAUAAAAAUUCAGAAUUUUUUUCGAGUGAAAUGCCUCGAUCGGCGUAACUAUUUAAUGGUAGACAAUCGUUUCAAGGCUCGCUGGCCGAGCCAAUGAUAUAAAAAGAGGUUGAGGCGGUGGCGAGACGAGCGGAUGAGUCCCCGAAGAUAACUUCGCGGCCAACUUGAUUAAUAACCAACCAAACUCGGUGUUUUAGAAGUCGCACAAUUUUUGUAGCUCGUAGACUGAUUAGACGGGACGGACAGGCGGAUUUCUUCGACCUUUCUCAGAUGUAACGCUGACGUCCCGUUUUGCGUAGCGUCUCGAAGAUCACCAUGAUCCCACGAAGCAAUCUCGAGCAGUUUGAUUGGCUAUGAAAAAAAAAAGAAAAGAGGAAAAAAUUGGCAGAGAUGACGAGGGAAGAGAUGUACGGCGAAAAUUCCAACACGAGCUUAAUCUAUCGCUUCGGGAUAAUUUACGGGAUGAUUCUCGGGACGCCUUAAUGUGAAUGUUUAAGUCCUACAAUGUCCCGCGACGAGAUUAUGGACAUAAUGGAUUGUCCAGAAUUUAUUGCGCUUACCCCGCCCGAGUAAUUAGUGAUAGGUAAUAAACGUGAUAAUAUCGUAAAACAGAAUUAAUUAAUGAUCACGCAGCAUUCUCACGAUAUGAUCCACGAGUCCCGCGGUAAAACGAAGUUGAAGUCACAAAUUUAUUAUUAUAUAUUGAGUGUGACGCGUGCACAGACGAUGGAACACGCGGCGGUACUUAAGUGAUGUGGUGUAUGUGUAUAACUUGGUAUAACGUGAAGCUUACGGCGUCGAUAUCGAUCCGGGAUGUGGUAUACACAUGCAUAUACCCUAUAUAAAUAUACUACAUAUUAUUACGAUCCGCGGGGAAACUGUAACGAAGGAUAAUCAAAAUGUACAUGUGUUUAAAUGAUACGAUUAAGGAUAAAUACGAUGUCACUGUCCCAUAUCAUUAAAACUCGGUGUUAACGAUGUAGAUGUUUAAGGGAUGUCAACGAAAGUUUAAUCGAAAAUUUAUUUUCGCAAGUCCUUUUCGAGACGAAAUUCUUUACAUAUACAUGUGCAGUUCUUAUAUUACUACACGCCUCCGUUAAUUCCACCUUUUUGUAAAUAUUGGACCUCUGUAAAAUAUCAGGCUCUGAUUCUCUUUUCUUUACGUAAAUUUUUACUUAUUUAUUAUUAACUUCGAGUCUUUAAGAUCCAAUAGUUAAGACAAAUCUUACAAUUCCUUUGAGAAUUCCUUUGCAAUCUGUAAACGGCAGACUUUUGAUCGAAAAGACGCGCAGGCGGAAUCGCGAGCGCCCAAGCAUCAAGAAAGUAAUUUUUUACUUAAAACACACAGAGCGGGAGAGCCUGGCCCGAAAAAAA